UAACACUUGUUUCAGAUCAUUGGAAGUAAAAAUUGGUACCUACUGAAUAGUGAAUAGUGAUAGUUUUCAGUUGGAAAAAUUUAAAUGGAGACGUGUCAGUACAAUGUUAUUAGUGGUACGAAACGGGAGUUGAGCAGUAAAGAGAUUUUUUGGAAGCCUUUUUGUAGGCAGCUAUUCCUGUGCAGCGCUCUAUGGAUGUCCUACUUCUCGGCGGGACUGUGCCUCGGUGCGCCUACCGUUGUGAUUCCACAAAUAAGACGACAGAUUUCCCAUGACGCUAUCAGCGAAGAAAUGGCAUCUUGGUUAUCAUCAGCGAUGACCUACAGCACAUUGCCCUGGGUAAUCAUCCUUCUAAUCUGCACCCGUUUCGUCGGUCGUCGACCACCUUACAUCUUUGCGAUUUUCGCCUCCAUCAUCAGCUUCAUCAUCCUGUACAAAGGGACUAACGUUAACCAUUUCCUGAUAAGUCAGUUAAUCCAGGGAAUCCUUUUCGGAUGUGACCUCACCGUGUCAACUAUCAUGGUCUCAGAAUACGUCUGGCCUAAAUACAGAGGCACGUUUCUAACUCUUAAGGCAGCGAGUUUGUUCUGGGGCGUGUGGGUGUCGAAUGCAAUAGGAACCUUCUUCCAUUGGAACUACAUUGGCCUAUUUGGACUCAUAUGUAGUUGUUACUAUGUAACUGUUUUCUUCUGGUCUGAAUCUCCUUACUGGUUAGCUUCGCAAGGAAGGUUUGAAGAGUGUAUCAAAGGACAUAGAUGGUUAAAAGGUGAAGGCCCGGAUUCAGAAAAAGAACUGGAGAAGCUUUUGGAGUCGCAAAAGGAGUUUUUGAAAAACUCCAUGAUACGAGUCACAGUUAGCGAUAGAAUUAAAACCUUUGCACAAAUGUUUACAUUAAAAGAGUUUUAUAAACCAGUUUUACUAUCCAUUUUGAUGUUUGGAAUAUACCAUUCUUUAGGAAAGUUAGUAGUUGGAAUGUAUUCUAUAGAAAUGAUAAAAAGUAUGACAGAUAGUGAAGCUGCGGCCUAUACAGGCAUGCUUAUUGUAGACGGAGUCAGUGUACUCGGUCUCUACAUAGGUUGUGCAUGUUCUACAUUCUUAAAACGUCGUACAUUGCUCCUAGGUGAAAAUAAGAUAUUAACGAUUGCGUUGUUGUCGGCAUAUUCCAUGAUGGUGGCUGGCGGUCCAACAAUACUCUCCACGUCGAUUUAUGGUGAAUUGGUACCUUUGAGAUUUAAAAGUUCAGGCGUAACUGUUAUUAUUUUGGUACACUUCUCCACCAUGGCGACAUUGUUCAAAAUAGCACCAUUAAUUUUUAAAACCGUUGGUGUCCGUGGAACUUUUUUAUUAUAUGCUACCGUGUCUUCAUUUUUCGCCUACCUGUUGUAUCGGUACUUACCUGAGACUAAAGACAAAACUUUACAAGAAAUAGAAGCUUAUUUCAAAGAUGAUAAGCCACAAGAGACUGUUAUUAAGGAAUUAACACCAUUCAAGACGAAAGAAGAGUGUUAA